UGCUGUCAAGUCUUCAACAAAUCCUCCUACAACACCUAACACUUCGAUCCGCGAAGCGCAGAACGUGUUUAUUAUCCCGAAAUCAGAGGUACAAUAAGUUCUGCAGGGAAAUGAGCCUGGUGCAUUGAUGGACAUAACUGGGAUGUGUUAGGCAGCGCAUUACCUUGGCUUUACCAAACUUGGGGCAUUUAUUGUUUCGGCGAGUUGUGAUUAGGACUUGCUCGUCCCAACCUCAUCGCAGCCAUGGCCGCCAGCAUGGCACAGAUGGGUGGCGGAGCCCAGAUGCGGCCUCGUCCACCGCAACAACAGCUGUCACAGGUCAUCUUUAAUACUAUGGUCUCGAAUCCUAUGCAGUUCAACGGCGGAUGGCAGUCUCAGGUCAACCCUCAGACGCGACUGGGGAAUGCGAUGAACUUGAUCACGAAUUCAUUUUUGGCUAUGCCACAGUUGGAGUCUCAGCAACUCAUCUCUCACGGCAUCAGCUUUGAGAGGGAAGCCUACGCGAAUUGUCCUGACAAGCCUAGUUACGAUCAGAAGAUUGGGGCAAGGAUACAGGAACUGUUCAGAAAACGCCAGGCGAACGAACAGAACAUUCAGAACACCCUGAAUGCCCAGCAUCAGGUGGCCCAAGCGCAGGCACAGGCGCAGCACCAGAUGAUGAUGAGCCAAAAUGCACUACAGGCACAAAUGUCUCGAGGAAUGGGCCAGGCUCCUCCGCAGGGGUUUCAUCAACUGCAGCAACAGAUGCAGGCAACGCCCCUACCCCAGCAGCCCCAGCAAUCAGGCAUGGGCAUGCCCAAUGCUUCCGCGCACGCUAUGCAUCCAAACCAGCAGGCCAUGCAGAUGCGUCCGCAGGGUCCUCAGAUCAACAACCUCUCGCCGCAAGACCGGGCUAAGAUCCAACAGAUUGCAAUGGCGAGGCUUACGCAGAGUACCGAGGCCCAGAAGAAUCAAAUGCGCAUUGCUAUGCAGGCUCAGAUUCCGCCGCAGCACAUACAACAGCUGCAAAAUAAUAACCAAGACCCCCUGUUGUUUUGGAUAUCGCAACAGCUUCUGCGCAACCAUGUGAAGUCGAUGAAUGCUGCCGGCAACCAGGGCGCGAUGCAGAUGCAACCGCAACAACGACCGAUGAACCCGUCAGGACAGCAACCGGUUCCUCCCGGGACCGACUUGGCUGGCUUUUCCAACGUUGACAUCAUGAAUCAACAGAAGGCCGGCUUGAUGGCCCAGGAAGCGGGGCAAAUGGUUGUGCCGGCGAGUGGCGGACCAGGCCGGAAUGCUACUCCUCAACCCGUCGGGAGUGUACACGGUGCGAACGCUGGUAACAACCAACCGGGACCGAACCAAGUAGGGCGACCUCCUCAUAUACAGCAGCAGCAGCAGCAGCAGUUGCACAUGAUGCAGCAACAGGCCAUGGACCAAGCAGCUCAAAAGUCGCAAGUGCAGAUCCGAGCGCAAGCCCAGCAAAAGAUGCAGGGACAGCCGGGCGGUCUCAGUGGUCCCGGCGCUGUAUCACAGAGCCCUGCCAUGAACACGCUCAACGCUCCUGUGCCUCGCCCUCCUGUCGCGAUGAAUCAGGUCGAACGACAAGGUCAAAUGACCCAAGGCAAUGCGCCGUUCGGCCAGAAUAUGAACCCUCAAUUCAAUCAGAAUCAGCGGCUCCAGAUGGGAGGAGGCAACAUAAACCCUAACCAGCAAGUCAUACAAAACAUGUUGGGUCAGAUGCCUCCUCAGGUCCGCCAAAAUCUGCAGAACAUGCCGCCUCAAUUCCUGCAAGGCCUGCAGAACGUACCUCCCCACGUGCUGGCAAAGUUUCAGAACAAUCCCGAGGAACUACACAAGUUCAUCAUGCAGAGAGCUCAGAUGGCCGGACGUCCACAGCCUCAACCGGGCCAGUUCACCCCACCCAAUCCGAUGAGCCAGUUUCCUCCGGGGAACAAUGCCGGACAGCAACAGCAGGGCAAUAUGAACAUGAACCCGCAGAACCCCCUGAUUGUGCAACAGCAUCUCGCUCGCAUUCGCGGUAACCAAGGCCGCCCACCGAUGCCAGGCGACUCGGCAACUACCGCGGCCAUGGCUGACAGUAUGGAGGUACCGCCCAGCGUCCUCCAGAAGCUCCAAGGUAGUGUGCCGCCAGAAGUCAAGAAGUGGAGCCAACUCAAGCAAUGGAUGGCACAAAAUAGCUAUUCCCAGCAGCUCCAGCAUCAGCUCAGCCAGAUCCAGACCGCCCAGUUUACAAGUGUAAUCAGGGCAAAAGCCCAGGCAGGUCAGAACCAAAUGGCCCAACAAACAGGAGUGCAGCCGCAGGUCCCACCAGGUCCCGGUACUCAAUUGCAGCAGCAGUCUGCAAAUGUAGCUGCUUUUAACAACGCCCUGCAAAACGUGAACGUGUCGGCGCAGGAGAUACAAUCGGCCAGAACCCGCCACGAGAAGAUGAGGAACAUGCCCGACGACCAAAUCAGGAACUAUAUAGUUCAAAUGAAACAGCAGCAAAUCCAGAAGAAAUGGUCCGCUCAGAUGGCCGGACACCCUUCUCAAAGCUCCCAACCGCCACAGCCAACAUCAACACCAAUACACCAGCCCGCAGCUGGUCCCGGUAGUGCCCAAAGGCCGCCCAACGCUGGCGCUGACCAGCCGGGAUCUGUCGCCCCGGCCAGGAACAACAAGCCGCAACCGCCCAACCGCCCAACCCAGGGUGCAUCUCCGGCCAUGGGGCCAAAGGGCGGCAUCAAGCGGCCAAGCUCGGACGACGUGGUUGAGGUUCCAAAUCCGUCCAGCACGCCGGUGCAGCGCCCUGCGUCACGGCAGUCGCAGCUCACGCCGACGCAGAUUCAAAAUUUGUCCGCGGACCAACGGGCAAAGUAUGAGCAGUUCCUAAAGAAUCGCCAAAUGAUACAAACACAGCAACAACAGCAGCAGCAACAGCAGCCACAACAGCAGAACUCGGAGGACAUAAACCGACUAAGAGCGAUCGGACAGGAAGAGCAACGCUCGUCGCUAGCAGAGGUGCUACAAGACAUCCCCAUGAGUGCGGCGGACUACGCCGACAUGGCUCAGAAGAUUAAAAACAGCUCUGCUGAGAUGAGCAAAAUCGCCAAGGGGCUGGGUCGAUGGUACACCAUGACCCACGAUGACGCACGGGCUCGGAUGUUCUUCAAGCUGCGCUUCCGCCUCAUGAAGCAAUUCAAAGAUGGCGACAAAGCGACCCUUCCUAAGGAGACGUUAUCGAUCGGGCCCGCAGACCUAGAUCAAAUUAAGGCAAUGACGGAUAGUAUAGUGAAGGACGUGGCUGUGGCCAUGAAGAUGAAGCAAAACCAGCAGAGUGGGCCCGAUGCGGGUGUACAGCAAGGUCCGUCGGCGCAGGCAGGGACACCGGCAUCACAGCCUGCGCCGCUGAGCGCAGCAAACCUCGAGAAGAAUACGGCGGUUCUUAACAAGAUGCACAGGACCAUGAGCAACAAGAGUGGACACGGACAGCCGCCGGCUGCUCCAACCACCUCGGCACCGCCUUUUCAAUUUGGCGCUUCUUCCCCCCACGGCCAGCCCGCGUACAUUGGGAAGCCCACAGUUACCCAGGACAACCUUCAGCUUCCCGUCCACGCGCGGAAGAAGGCCAGGACUGGACCCCAAGGCGGGCAAACGCCUUCGAUGCAGGGUUCGAGCGCCUCGCCCCAAGUCAGCAAGCAACCCUCGCCCGAAAUGCAAAAGCGGCCGGGGACGGCUGAACCGAAAACUCCGUCCAAGCCUCGGCUUCAGUGUCCCGAGCCAGACUGCCAGGCCAACAACUGGGGCUUCGCUACCGAGGAAGCGAGGCGGACCCAUUACGAAGAGGAGCACGUCGAGCCGUACAAGGAUCCUUACAAGUAUGUCAUGGAAAGCCUUGAGCUUGCGCUGGGAGGUGUAGAUGGGAAGUCUAGCGCAGCACCUGCCAUGGUAGGCAGUCUGUCCCGCCAAGGCCAAGUCCCGGCGGCAGCGACACCCAUGUCUCGGGAUGACUCGGUGAACAAAUAUGGCAACACCCUCAGCUCUAAACCUAGGGCCAGCAAGCCUGCGGGUUCCUCCAGCGGCUUAAAUGCGGCAACACCGGUCACCGUAAAGGCGGAGAGCGCGAACCUGGAAAAGGAAACGAUUGACCCACAGGAUCUGUUCCAGAACCUCGGAGCCAUGGAAACGGGAGGUGGUGGAGCCAUCUCGGAUAUGAACGUGUACCGCUCCAUCACGCCCAACGACACGCCAGAGUCUAGCAAAGACGGUGCCUCAUCGGAACCCAAUAGCGAUGUUUCCGAGGGCGUGGCCCUCAAUGUUUCGCUGGACAUGGGCUUCGAUACUUGGCGGCCUUUUGAAGGGGAUCGGUACAUCAAUUUUGGGGCUAACGAUGUGGAUAUGGACAUGCUUGAGACAGGCGGCUUAACAAACAUGGGAGACUCGGUGCUUACCGACUUCACGUCAUGGGACGAUGUGAAUAUCGAUUUUAACAAGCCCUUCACGUUAGAUACUUCACUUUACUCGCUUGACACGGCCUGAUAUCGUCAUCUCCAGGAUAGUGGACGGUUUGGACUGUGGCGUUUGGCAGGUUAUCAUUAUGAAGGAAAGGCAGUAUAACGGAAAGACAGCA